CCCAUUGUCAUAGCUCAUACUGUCGUGUCCCAUGCCCUCAAGGACUUGAUUUCACUGUCUUCAUCAAAUUAAUUAACUUGAAAAAAAAGCUUCAGAAGGGGAAAGGGGGAAUAUUUAUAAUGUUUGGCAAGAAGGAAGAUAAAACUGCUAACAGAAAAAAAUGCAGGCUGUUUAAUCUUUUUCCUGUUUGCAAUGUUUUCUUCCCCUUCCUGUACAGUUUUGCCUUGGUGUAGAAAAUUCUUAGCACAUAGAGGAUUUCCCCAACUCUCAAACAUAACUUAAAAGCAUAGGAACUAGCCACCUUAAGGAAGAGGGUUUUUUUUUUUUUUUUUGAGGAGGAGAGUCUGAAUUCCGGAUGUGUAGCAACUAAAAGAUGGGUAAUUAUUUCUAAUUUGGUUAAAAUGAUCAGCCUAACUCUUCAAAGGUGAAAGUGACUGGCAAUAAGUGUUGAAUUCUGAUAAAUAGAAUGCCCUCACUCACCCCUAACAAGAUACCUUCAUCCUAAUUACUGAAACCCGUGAAUAUGUUACCUUGGGUGGCAAAAAGGACUUUGCAGGUGUGUUUCAAUUAAAGAUCUUGGGAUUAGGAGAUCAUGUUAGAUUAUUUGGGUGGACCAAAAAUAAUCACAAGGUCUUUUAAAAGGGAAGUAGAAGGGUCACAGUCAGAGAGGGAGAUGUAACCGUGGACCAGAGGUCGGAACGAUGUUGCUACAAGCCAAGAAAUGCAGGCAUUCUCUAGUUGCUGGAAAAGGCAGAGAACAAACUCUGCCCGAGCCUCCAGCUGGAGUGCAGCCCUGCCAGCACCUUGAUUUUAGUCUCCUAAGAUCCAUUUCAGACUUCUGAUCUUCGGAACUGAAUGAUAAAUGUUAUAUUGUCUUGAGCCAGUGAGUUUGCGGUAAUUUAUUACAGUAGCAAUAGGAAACUAAUACACUUAUGAUGCUUACAGAGUUGUGCGUUGACUUCCAUUAUAGACAGUAAUUUCAUACGAGAAUUUUCAAGGAAAACUAUUAUAAUCUAGACUUGAAUACUAAGGCCAUAAUGCUCUUCAACCGGGGGAAACCUCUAAAAGUUAUCAUGAUUGGAAAAUUUACAAGGAUGGGCCAAAAUAAAUAAAUAUUCUGUUUUACUUUUUAGUGUAAGUUUAGACAAAUCUGUUUAUUUUGGACAUGUUCAAUGCCUUGCUGUAAAGUUUAUCUGUGUACAGCAGAAGUGAGAAGAGAACCAAUGAGCUGAGAGAGAACUCAAUCAAUCUGCUUCCUCCGUCUUUGCUUCAGGGCUUCAUACAGGAAAUCUAUUGCUGUGUCAAGUUCCAGAGAAAAGCCUCUGUUCUUCCAAGUUACUAAUCAGGCUAAACCACAUAGACGUGAAGGAGGGAGCUAGAAGGAAGGGAGUGCCGCGCUGUUUGAUGGGCUAAGAGGAUUCUGUACGGAGAAGUUGACCAGAAAGGGUCUCACCAUGCUCACAGCUCUUUCUGUACCUGUGUGGAGGAAAAUUACUGAGUGAAGGGCAGAAAGAGAGAAAACAGAAAUGCUCUGUCCUUGGAGAACUGCUAACCUAGGGCUACUGUUGAUUUUGACUGUCUUCUUAGUGACUGAAUGUAUACAUUCAGAAGCGGAAGGUGCUGCUCGACCAAACAAUUCAUUAAUACUGCAGAAUAGCAAGGAGAAUCUCACUUUAGAUUUUCUAGCCUCAAGCAGUUCAUGUAUGGAUGGAACACAGAUUACACAGAACAAUUCAGCAUUUCCCACAGAAGUAAAUAUUUCAUGGCCUAUACUGAUGGGUAAAAAUGCUGUGCUUUGCUGCCCUAUCACAUUAAAAUAUUUGAUCAUAACAUGGGAAAUAAUCCUGAAAGACCAGCCUUCCUGUAAAAAAGCCUACAAGAAAGAAACAAAUGAGACCAAGGAAACCAACUGUACUGAUGAGAGAAUAACCUGGGUCUCUAGACCUGAUCAGAAUUUGGACCUUCAGAUUCGUCCAGUGGCCAUCACUCAUGACGGGUAUUACAGAUGCAUAAUGGGCGCACCUGGUGGGAAUUUCUAUCAUGGAUAUCACCUCGAAGUGUUAGUUACUCCUGAAGUGACCCUGUUUCAAAGUAGGAAUGGAACUGUAGUAUGCAAGGCAGUUGCAGGGAAGCCAGCUGCACAGAUCUCCUGGAUCCCAGAGGGGGAUUGUGUCACUGAGCAAAAAUGCUGGGACAAUGGUACAGUGACUGUUAAGAGUGCAUGCCACUGGGAGGGCCACAAUGUGUCUACCGUGACCUGCCGUGUCUCCCAUUUGACUGGCAACAGGAGUCUGGACAUAGAGCUACUUCCUGUUGCAGGUGCCAAAAAAUCGGCAAAAUUAUAUAUUCCAUAUAUCAUCCUUGCCAUUAUUUUGAUCAUCGUGGGAUUCAUUUUUUUAUUGAAAAUCAGUGGCUGCAGAAAAUAUAAGUGGAAUAAAACAGAAGCUACUCCAGUUGUUGAGGAGGAUGAAAUGCAGCCCUAUGCAAGCUACACAGAGAAAAACAAUCCUCUCUAUGAUACUACAAACAAGGUGAAGGUAUCUCAGGCAUUACAAAGUGAAGCUGGCACAAGCCUCCAUGCUUUAUAAUUUGUUGGACUCUUGCACCAAACAACAACAACAACACACAAGAUACAUUAUAAUUACUGUCUGAUUUUCUUACAGUUCCAGAAUGAAGACUUAUAUUGAAAUUAGGUUUUCCAAGGUUCUUAGAAGACAUUUUAAUGAAUUUUCAUUUAUACCCUUGUAUAAUUGGAGUUUUAGAUUCUUAGCUACCAGCUAGUUCUCUGAAGAACUGAUAUUACAAAGAAAAUACAUGCUCAUGACCAGAUAUUCAAAUUUUGCAGGACAGUAAAUAAUGAAAACCAAAUUUCCUCCAGAAAUAACUGAAGAAGGAACAAUCAUGAACAGUUGCUUGUGUAUCCUUUCAGAAUAUUUUUAUGUACAUAUGACAUGUCUAUAUGCCUAUGGUAUAUGUGUCCAUUUAUAUGUCUAUUUAUGUAUACAUACAGAUAUCUUUGUCAAGGCACCAGUGGGAACAAUACACUGCAAUACUGUUCUAUACAUAUGAAAACCAAAUAAUAUAAGUCUUAGAGAUCAUUUUAUAUCAUGACAAGUAGAGCUACCUCAUUCUUUUUAAUGGCUAUAUAAAAUUCCAUUGUAUAGUUAUAUCAUUAUUUAAUUAAACACAACUCUAAUGAUGGACAUUUAGAUUCUUUUAGGUUUUGUUUAUUUCUUUUAAGUUUUGUUUGUGGCAUAAACACCACCACAUAGAAUGUUUCUUGUGACUAUGUCUCUUUUUGUUUGAGUAUAUCUGUAGGAUAAUUUUCUUAAGUGGAAUUGUCAUGUCAAAGGGUUUAUAAAUUUUAGCAUUGACAUAUAUGUCAAAUUGUGUCAAAUACAUAUGUCAAAUUCCCUCCAACAUUGUUUAAAUGUGCCCUUCUUUAAAUUUCUAUUUUAAUAUCUGUAAGAUUCCUGCUUCUACAGUUGCUUUUUCUUUUUAAUCAACCAGAUUAAAUAUGAUGUGAGAUUAUAAUAAGAAUUAUACUAUUUAAUAAAAAUGAAUUUAUAUUUUUGGUCAUGUUUGUAUGAGAGUGAAUGCACCUGUGAGAACAUUAGCUUCUUCUGAACUCAUUAUAUCACUACAGAGGUGUUGAUGUUUGAUGCCUAACAGUUUUGCAGAUGUGCUACAUUGGAAUCGUGUAUUUUUAGGGUAUACAUUCUACUGUGAUACAUUUAUUGAAUAAUGAAUGUCUACUGACCAUAUCAGCAGCAAAAUAUGCACCAUAGAGGACAUGGGGCAUUAUUUAUAAGAUAUGAGCUACAUGACAAGAGAGUGGCCAUGGGAUGGCACGUCCCUCCCCUCCAUAUUUCUGUAGAGCCAAAUAUUGGCAAUGUGUAAUUAUUUUUAAUAUCAUGAAAUUAUUUUUAAUUAUAAAAAAUAAGUCUAUUUGCUCCAUAGAAGAAAAAAAAUUAAAAGGUUUUUUUGUCAUGAUAGAAAUUAAAACAAAAUGUAUUCAUUCUUCAAUCAUGCCAUCUGAGACUUUUAAGACAGCUAUUUUCUCUUAUAUUUUUCUCCCUCUAGACAUUUCAGUUACUAUGGACUUUAAUCCUUAAAAGGAUUCUUAGUCUAUUUUGGAUGUAAAGCUAAUCUAAUGACACUUGGUACCUGAUAUUUUGAUCAAAACAUUUUGACUUGGCCAAAAAACACAGUCCAUUAGAUUUCUGCAUAUAAAUAUGACCAAGCAAUGUUCAUAAGAGACAUGAUUACACUGUCCUUGAACUUUAUUAAUUCUUCAUCCAACCCUGGUUGAGCUAAGCCUCAUAGUUAGUUAGGUCCAAGACCAUCUUUUUAAAAAUUACUGAUAAAGUAAGACAGUACUAUACUUACCUCUUAACUUGAUAAUGUCAAAACAGGCAUGUUAAAUGACAUCACAGUAAAGACUUCAUGAUAAUUUAUGAAAGUUAAGUACUGUAUUGUACAGAAAAUAAUUGUACUAAAAUCUCAAUUAUGGGCUGGAACAAGGGUGAACAUUAUAAUCAUAUAAAAAAUUAUACAUAUUCUCCAAACCCGUGCUAGACCUGUCAAAUUAGAAAAUCUAGAGAUUAUACCUGGUAGGUCAGCAAGGUCAUCCAGGAAGCAAAGGCUGAGAUGGAGUUAGGUGUGAUUACUUACACAGUCAAUUACAUUUUACAAAUCUCAUUUUAUAUGUCUCAUUUACUGUAUUUUCUCCCCACCCCAUUUUGUAUCUUUUUUUUUGCUUUGCUAGAUUUGUCAAUUUUCUCUCUGUCUCUGACUCUCUGUCUUUCAACAUCUCCAGUUAUGUGAAAGUUAUUCAUCAUAAUUAUACGUCUAUUGAGUCUAUGCUUCAUUUGCAAACUUCUGAAAACAGCUUUACUGAGAUAUAAUUGAUAUAUUUAAGUGUAUAGUUUGUUAAAUAUUGACAUAUUUAAAAUGUACUGUUAGGUAUAUGUUGACCUAAUUUUGCAUCUGUAAAGCUAUCAGCAUAAUCAAGAUAAUAAACUUAUCCAUCAUCCUCCAA